UUAAAAAUUAAACCUUAUUGUACUUGGCGUAAACUCAUUUAAUAGCGUCGUAAGAAGUGAUUUAUCUAAGUUUAGGCUUCUGAUCUGGGGAAGUAGAAGAUAAUUAGUUUAAAAGUAUAAAGCUAGGCCUCUUUACGUCAAUAAACAAAGCAGCCUCACUUAGUUUCUCUAUCCUCAACCUCUAUCUCCAGCACCACCCAUUUUUCAGGCUUACGCUACCAUUUUCCUCGCCAUGUACGCAAAGUCCGUUUAUAUCGCAGUCGCCAGCCUCUUGGCUGUUAGCUCGGCAAACCCCCUUAUCAAGCGUCAAGGCAUUGUACCUCAAUGCGACACUACCGUUGAUUGGGCGGCUGUGGGAGGAAAGUGCGCCACUGGAAUAUGCACUGUUGGAGGCCUUACAGGAAGGGUACAAUGUCCUAAGGACUUCCCUGCGCCAGGCGGCGAUGCCACGGAAUUCGCCUUGAACCAGCAAUCGUGUAAUGGGUUAGAGGACGGUCGGCAAUGCACCUUUCACUACACCUGCUGCACGCAGUAAAAGCAUGUGGAGUGUUGUAACGCUCAACAUCUCAGUUGUAUAAAGUCUUUACA